CCACCACCACCACCACCACCACCACCACCACCUCCUCCUCCCUCUUCUCCCUCCUCCUCCACCACCACCACCACCACCACCACCAUCACCACCACCACCACCACCACCACCACCACCACCACCACCACCACCACCACCACCACCACCACCACCACCACCACCACCAGCUCCCUCCCUCCCCCACCCCUUCCUCCCUCCCUCCGCGCUCAGAGCUGCGGCUGGAGUCGAGCGCGCAGCGUCGCCCGCCGCCGCCGGUGCGGAGCGUGGGGAGCACUCGGCCACAGCCCUCGCCUGCCGCGGAGGGUCCUGCUCCGCACUGCUGGCCAGGCCGCCCAGUGCCCGGGCCUUUCCGUCCUUGGAGCGGAUCGUUGCUCGCAGGGAGCUCUCCUGCAGCAACAGCGAAAGCUACAGCAGAGGCCGCGGUGGCGGCUGUGCCCAUGCCGGGGUGUUCACACUUAGCUUCUUUCCCACCACCACCUUGCCUCACCUCAGCACUGGGAUCAUAGGUGGCCACCCGUCCCUAGCUAUUACUGAGCUGAGGCUACACCUGUGAGAAGGCUGACAGACAGGAUGGGUGACAUGGCGAACAGUUCCAUUGAGUUCCACCCCAAACCCCAGCAGCAGCGGGAAGUGCCUCAUGUGGGUGGCUUUGGAUGCACGCUGGCAGAACUACGCAGCCUCAUGGAGCUCCGAGGUGCUGAGGCACUGCAGAAGAUCCAAGAAGCCUAUGGGGAUGUCAGUGGGCUGUGUAGGAGACUAAAGACCUCACCUACUGAAGGCCUGGCAGACAACACCAAUGACUUGGAGAAACGCAGGCAGAUCUAUGGGCAGAACUUCAUCCCUCCAAAGCAGCCCAAGACCUUCCUGCAGCUGGUGUGGGAAGCCCUGCAGGACGUGACUCUCAUCAUCCUGGAGGUGGCUGCUAUCGUCUCCCUGGGCCUCUCCUUCUAUGCACCACCUGGAGAGGAAAGUGAAGCCUGUGGGAAUGUGUCUGGUGGGGCAGAAGACGAAGGAGAGGCCGAGGCUGGCUGGAUAGAGGGGGCUGCCAUCCUACUCUCUGUCAUCUGUGUGGUGCUGGUCACAGCCUUCAAUGACUGGAGCAAGGAAAAGCAGUUCCGAGGUCUUCAGAGCCGAAUUGAGCAGGAACAGAAGUUUACUGUCAUCCGAAAUGGGCAGCUCCUCCAGGUCCCUGUGGCAGCCCUGGUGGUAGGGGACAUUGCCCAGGUCAAAUACGGAGAUCUUCUGCCUGCCGAUGGUGUGCUCAUCCAAGGCAAUGACCUCAAGAUCGACGAGAGCUCCCUGACCGGCGAGUCGGACCAUGUGCGCAAAUCAGCAGACAAAGAUCCUAUGCUGCUCUCAGGCACUCAUGUCAUGGAAGGUUCUGGAAGAAUGGUAGUAACAGCUGUUGGUGUGAACUCCCAGACAGGCAUCAUCUUUACAUUGCUUGGGGCAGGUGGAGAGGAGGAGGAGAAGAAAGACAAGAAAGGCAAGCAGCAGGAUGGGGCGAUGGACAGUAGCCAAACCAGAGCUAAGAAGCAGGAUGGGGCUGUUGCCAUGGAAAUGCAGCCCCUGAAGAGUGCCGAGGGUGGGGAAAUGGAGGAGCGGGAAAAGAAGAAAGCCAACGUACCCAAGAAGGAGAAGUCAGUCCUGCAAGGGAAGCUCACAAAACUGGCUGUGCAGAUUGGGAAAGCAGGAUUGGUGAUGUCUGCUAUCACUGUCAUCAUUCUGGUCCUCUACUUUGUGAUUGAGACCUUCGUUGUGGAUGGCCGGGUGUGGCUGGCAGAGUGCACACCAGUGUAUGUGCAGUACUUUGUGAAGUUUUUCAUUAUUGGAGUCACUGUGUUGGUUGUGGCUGUCCCUGAGGGCCUGCCUCUUGCUGUUACUAUCUCCUUGGCUUACUCUGUUAAGAAAAUGAUGAAGGACAAUAACCUGGUACGCCACCUGGAUGCCUGUGAGACCAUGGGCAAUGCCACAGCCAUCUGUUCUGACAAGACAGGCACACUCACCACCAACCGUAUGACAGUGGUUCAGUCCUACCUAGGAGACACCCACUACAAAGAGAUUCCAGCUCCCAGCGCCCUGACCCCCAAGAUCCUCGACCUUCUGGUUCAUGCCAUCUCCAUCAACAGUGCCUACACCACCAAAAUUCUACCUCCAGAGAAAGAAGGCGCUCUCCCACGCCAAGUGGGCAACAAAACAGAGUGUGCUCUUUUGGGCUUCAUCUUGGACCUGAAACGUGACUUCCAACCUGUACGGGAACAGAUACCAGAAGAUCAGCUUUACAAAGUGUACACCUUCAACUCAGUUCGCAAGUCCAUGAGCACAGUUAUCCGAAUGCCUGAUGGUGGCUUCCGCCUCUUCAGCAAGGGAGCCUCAGAGAUCCUGCUCAAAAAGUGUACAAACAUCUUAAACAGCAAUGGUGAACUCCGAGGAUUUCGUCCUCGGGACCGGGAUGACAUGGUAAAGAAGAUCAUUGAGCCUAUGGCUUGUGAUGGCCUCCGCACCAUAUGCAUCGCCUACAGGGACUUCUCUGCUAUCCAGGAACCGGACUGGGACAAUGAGAAUGAGGUGGUGGGUGACCUUACCUGCAUAGCUGUCGUGGGCAUCGAGGACCCUGUGCGACCUGAGGUCCCUGAAGCCAUUCGAAAAUGCCAGCGUGCUGGCAUUACAGUCCGUAUGGUAACUGGAGAUAACAUCAACACUGCCCGGGCUAUUGCAGCUAAGUGUGGCAUCAUCCAGCCAGGGGAGGAUUUCCUGUGCCUGGAGGGGAAGGAAUUCAACAGAAGGAUUCGAAAUGAGAAAGGCGAGAUAGAACAGGAGAGGCUGGACAAGGUGUGGCCCAAGCUUCGGGUGCUUGCCCGGUCAUCUCCCACUGAUAAACAUACUCUGGUCAAAGGCAUAAUUGACAGCACAACCGGUGAGCAGCGGCAGGUGGUGGCUGUGACCGGGGAUGGCACCAAUGAUGGACCAGCCCUCAAAAAGGCAGAUGUGGGCUUCGCCAUGGGCAUCGCAGGCACUGAUGUGGCCAAGGAGGCCUCUGACAUCAUUCUGACUGAUGACAACUUCACCAGCAUUGUCAAGGCGGUCAUGUGGGGCCGCAAUGUCUAUGACAGCAUUUCCAAGUUCCUGCAGUUUCAGUUGACAGUCAAUGUGGUAGCUGUGAUCGUGGCCUUCACGGGUGCCUGCAUUACUCAGAAUAUUCUCAUGAUCCCCAGAGGAAACCUCACACCCAUUAGCAGCCACUUCCCAUUGCCUCACCAGCCUUGGAAUGCUCAUCUGCUCUCUGUCUGUGAACUUCUCAGCUCAUUUUAUUUCAUUGACUCCAUCUAUGGUCUUGUACAUCUGGCCCCUGUGACGCUGAUUUUUAAAGAGACACUCAUUGGGGAUGACAAGAAAGCAGGUUGGGGUCAACAUUUCUGCCUCUUCCUGCCCUGUGAGGACUCUCCUCUCAAAGCUGUGCAGAUGUUGUGGGUGAACUUGAUCAUGGACACAUUUGCCUCACUUGCCCUGGCAACGGAACCCCCAACUGAGUCACUGCUGCUGCGGAAGCCAUAUGGCCGGGACAAGCCUCUCAUCUCACGCACCAUGAUGAAGAACAUCCUUGGACAUGCUGUUUACCAGCUUACCAUCAUCUUUACUCUGCUAUUUGUUGGAGAGCUUUUCUUUGACAUUGACAGUGGAAGGAAUGCACCUCUGCACUCGCCGCCCUCAGAGCACUACACCAUCAUCUUCAACACAUUUGUCAUGAUGCAGCUUUUCAAUGAGAUCAAUGCUCGAAAGAUCCAUGGUGAGAGGAAUGUCUUUGAUGGCAUCUUCAGCAACCCCAUCUUCUGUACCAUUGUCCUGGGCACCUUUGGAAUUCAGAUUGUCAUUGUCCAAUUUGGAGGGAAGCCCUUCAGCUGUUCCCCACUGUCCACAGAACAGUGGCUCUGGUGUCUUUUUGUUGGUGUUGGGGAGCUGGUCUGGGGACAGGUCAUUGCCACUAUCCCCACCAGCCAGCUCAAGUGCCUGAAGGAAGCAGGGCAUGGGCCUGGGAAGGAUGAGAUGACUGAUGAAGAGUUGGCGGAAGGGGAAGAAGAAAUUGACCAUGCUGAGCGAGAGCUCCGCAGAGGCCAGAUCCUCUGGUUUCGGGGCCUCAACCGGAUCCAGACACAGAUGGAGGUAGUGAGUACCUUCAAGAGAAGCGGGUCAUUUCAGGGUGCUGUGCGCCGGCGGUCUUCGGUCCUCAGCCAGCUCCAUGACGUAACCAAUCUUUCUACCCCUACUCACGUAACUCUCUCUGCCGCCAAGCCCACCAGCGCUGCUGGCAAUCCGAGUGGUGAAAGCAUUCCGUAGCUCGCUUUAUGAAGGCCUGGAGAAACCAGAAUCCAAGAGUUGCAUCCAUAACUUCAUGGCAACACCCGAGUUUUUGAUCAAUGACUACACCCACAAUAUUCCGCUCAUCGAUGACACAGAUGUGGAUGAGAAUGAAGAGCGCCUGAGGGCCCCACCUCCCCCACCCCCUAACCAGAACAACAACGCCAUAGACAGCGGCAUCUACCUGACCACGCAUGCCACCAAGUCAGCUACCUCUUCAGCAUUCUCUUCCAGGCCUGGGAGCCCACUCCACAGCAUGGAGACAUCCCUCUAACCAGAACUUCUCUCAGUGUGCGCGUGCGCGCGCGCGCACACACACACACACACACACACACACUCUCACACACACACAUAUUCUCUCUCACACACACACAUACACAUACAUGCAUGCAUGCACAUACAUUCUCUCUCUUUCUCUUACACACACACACACACACACACACGCGCGCGCGCGCGCGCGCGCGCGCACAGUCACAUGCACCCAGAGAGGGGAACCCGUGCACCUGCCAAAGAGGGAAAUGACUAACAUGGCUAAAGACUUUACUUAUGUGGUAUUUGCAAGAAGCCAAUUGCAUUCAAUAAGAGGACAGCCCACUAGGCUUUUUACUAGGUUCCCAGAAGGUGGGGGAAGGAGAAAAAAGGAAAAGAGAGGGAGGUUCUUUACCCGAUGUGAAGGAAAAAGAGAGCAUGAGACAAGAUACACUUCCCACCAUUUUUCUACUGAUGCUUCUUUUUUUAAUGAACACUAGUUCCACCAUGUGUUCACUAUUUGGGCUGUGCAAUGCGGUAGGGGCUAGCUGAGCCUAUUUGGAGCUUUGCUAUACCCAUAACAAAAAAAAAGAAAAGAAAAAGAAAGAAAGAGAGAAAGAAAGAAAGAAAGAAAGAAAGAAAGAAAGAAAGAAAGAAAGAAAGAAAGAAAGAAAAAGAAAAAGUACCAACCAAGAAAGAGGUAGUUGUGCUGACAGGCCACCAGAGGGAGCCACCAGUAAAGGUACCUUCUACUGCAACGCACACAAGACCCAUCUGCAGACCGCAUGUGUGUGCGUGUGUCUAUAUGUAUGUGUGUGUGUCUAUAUGCAUAUACAUAUAUAUGGCAAAAUUCAUAUUUAAAGAAUAAGGAACUAUUUAUUGGCAUGAUAUUUCUAUUCUUCUCACCAGGCAUUUCCCUUUUGAAAUUUCAUUUUUGAAUGUAGUAAGGUUCUUUUCAGGGAACAAGACUGCAAGAACAUCCUCUUGGUACGGUACUUCCCUCCCAAGCCCCUGACCCGAGGAUCUCCAUACCUGACCCUGUUGAGAUUCCAGAAGAGGCAGUCUGGGGGGUGUUGUGCAAGGCCUUGCACUUAGAACCUUUGUACUUUAAGACCUCUACCUGUAGAGUAAGACUUUUCAAUGGCAUUUUUAUUUAAAAGGAAAAUACCAAAGUAUUGAUGAUAGUGGUCCCCUCCAGUGCGCAGCAAGGCAAGUUUUGGUUUUGGCUUCCUUCCACUUCAUUUCCAACACCUUCACUUUUGGAUGGCAGCUUUCUGUUUCCAUACUUCAACUUUAAAAAUGUGAUGAACCCUAGGAAGAGCUGUGAUGGAACAGAGACAGAUGCCAGGCAAGAACAGUCCAUGUUCAUCACUGUCAUUUCUCUGGACUUGUACUAUGUACUUUGGCAAAUGACAGCAAGUACUCACUGGAUCACCUCAGUGACUUCGAGGGCAUGGGUGUGUCACUCACCAAAGCAUGCUUCCAGCCCAGGUCUUCUUGCCCACAGGGCAAAUCCAACCCAGAAGCCAGAACUAUAGAAACAAAAUAUUGUGUGGAAAGUGGCCCUCUUUCCUGAUGCCAUUGUUCUUCUCUGGCUGUUGCCUCUUCUGGGCCUGUGGGGACUAAGCAUGGGGUCAGUCAGCAGGCCUUGGGUCCAUCUAGACAAGUAAGACUGGGAAAUCUAGGUCUGGGGAUCCUGAGACAUUUUCUUCCAGGAGCCUGUCCCAGCAGUGUGGGCAUCCAUUGUACCAAGCCUGCUUUCCUAGAAAGAGUGAUAACCUGAGAGAAGGCAGGGGAAAGAGGUCCAAUGUCUGCUGCCCUGCCAGGGAAGCCCAGGCUGACGAAUCUCUUCCUAGUGGAAAGCUGACCUUCCUCUAUGCUCCUAGGUCCUGAAACUGGAUGCUCACAGUAACAGAGGUGAAAUUGGCAACCUUGAGGUUCUUCGCCUUCUGAACUUAUGGAUGUCACACUUUUUAGGAAGAUGUCUAGAAUCUCACUCCACUCCCACAUAUGCCUGUCACUUGAGCUCAAGGUUUGUCUGCCUGGAGACAUGUGUGAAUUGAGAGAUGGACAGGAGCUGCAUUUACCCCACUCCCCUCUCACACCACACCACUAAAAGCUUGUCUCAGCUUUCUGGCAUCCACAGAAAGUCAAAUGGAAACUUGCUAUUUCCACUGGUCACACCAAUGCCAUGUCACCCCUGAGCAGGAGUAGUCACAUCUCGGGCAAAAGAAUUUUGAUUACAAGAAAACUCCACUUUAAAAUGCCAGCUACAAAUCAUAUAAAGCCAUCCCUUUUUUCUAAAGGGCAUAUUGAGAAUGUUUCCCAUUUGUAAAUUGUUCCCUGAUGUCCUUGUUUAAACAACCACAGCAAAAGGGCAACUUGGUUUGCUGAGGGUCUCUGUGUUCUUCAAUAAUUAAUCAAAAUGUGGAGUAUUGUGACUGAAGCGGGUCAGCUGUGUCCAGCUAUGCUCAUGGGCUUCUUGUCAUCCUCUGUUGUAGACAUACACAUAGAGCAAAUGGCCAUUAUGUAUUAAAAAGCCAACCCUCAAUGAUGCUGUGUAAAGUUGCCUGAUGUCAAUGUCAAUUGUGUGAUAUCCAGGCUGCCUUUGUGCUGAGCUGUGGGGUUCAGAAAAGGCCCUGGGAACCCACAUCAUCUGUUCUGGUUCUUGUACAGUCUUCAGGCCGAGAGACCUGUCUCAUCGGAAGCUUCUCUUUAUAAAGCAUUAUACUAUAUGGAAUGGCUUGGCCAACUGUGUUCAGUUCAUAAAUAUGUUUUACAUUUUUAUCUGCCUGUUAUAAAGAUGAACAAAAUAUCUUAAUGAGGAAGAGCGCAGAUGAAUAAUAAAUUAAAAUCUGUAGUUGAAUUUCCUAAUUUACACAAUAGACCAAAAUUUUUGUGUAUAAAAAAUGAAUGGGUCUGAGUCACAUGUAUAAUUUAUUAUUUGGUAACUUCCUAUGUGGAACCAAACAAAGGUAAUUUGCAUGCCAUUGAGCCAGGGCAGGAGAAGCCACAGGCAUGACCUUCUCUAUGCCUGCUGCCACAAUGGAUUCUAUGGCAAGAAAGAGCACAGACCCUGUUGGCAAGAGAUACUCCACCUGUGCUGCCUCCCAGCAACUGGUUUGACCAGGUAAAACCUGAUGAAAAUAUUCAGGCCACUGUCCUUGCAUGGGGCAGUAGAAGAGUUGUGACAAUUCUGUCUUCAGAACUUUUUCAACUUUUCAAAUUAAACUCCAUGCCAUUUACCACCAA